AUGGAGCUGUCUGCAGAAGGCAAAACUCCUGAUUACAUGGCUCUUGCAGGCAUCAAAUUUAAACUUUCUUUACCUCAGUUUAAAGACAAUCCUCAAUUAAAAGAACAGUUGUUUCAAGGAAUUAAAGCUGGAAAUAUGGCACCCUUUUAUAAAGAAGUCUGUACAGAUUUAGGAUGGAAUUUUGAUCAAAAUUUGUUUGAUGAAAUGGCAAAAGAGAAUCAAAACAGGCUAGCUAAAUUUGAAGAAGACGAUUCUGAAACGCCUGUUUGGCAGGAUCAAUUGGAUUAUUUGUGCUCUAUUGGCGACAAAGAAGCUGCAACAACACUCGCAACAACAAAGUAUGAAGAUUCAACCUUAACUACUAAUCGGAGAUUGGAUGCCAUUUUUGCUUUGUUUAGAAUUGCUUACUUUCAUGGUUGUAAUGUGAAAGACAUGGGAAAAGCAAUAAAUAAGGCACAUGAAUUGGUUGACAAAGGUGGAGACUGGCGUUCCAGGAACAAACUUAAGGCAUAUGAGGCAAUAUAUUGCCUUGCAGUAAGAGAUUACAGUCAAGCCGCUGAUUUGUUUAUUGACUGUGUUUCUACAUUUGAAUCUUACGAGUUGGUUGAUUUUGGUACUAUUAUUCAGUAUUGUGUCUUGGCAUGCGCUCUGGCACUAGAAAGACAUGCUCUUCAGGCAGCUCUAAGAAGGCAAGGAGCAGCUGUUCAAGCUCUACGAUCAAGGUUUCCCGAACUGAGAGAACUUGUUGAAUCUCUGCAUGAAUGCAGAUAUGCCGACUUUUUAAAAAGUCUUGCCUGGGUUGAGACACAAAUCUGUGUGGAUCCAGUAUUUCAUCCUCACUACCAGCAUUAUGUACGAGAGGCACGCAUCAAAGCCUACGUUCAGCUGCUGCGCGCUUACCGCUCCCUCAGUCUUGAUAAUAUUGCUGACACAUUCGGCGUUACUCGAGAAUUUGUGGAAGAGGAAAUAUCAACCUUCACAGCCGCGGGCCGACUGCAGUGUCGCAUCGACGCGGUGGCGGGCUGCGUGGUGACGGGCGCGGGGCGCGGCGCCGACGCCGACCGGUCGCAUCUCUACCAGGCGACCAUCCGCGAGGGAGACUUGCUCCUCAACAGAGUCAAGAAACUCGCUAGUGUUAUUAAUUUUUAA